CUUCCUGUAUGGAGGCAUGGCCAGUUUCCAGCCCCGCGCUCCCCGUUCCUCCCCAGCCUGCGUCGGAGCCACAACUUUCAGGAGCAUGGACUGAAGGCGCCCUCGCCCCAGCGCCCCUCUGAGAUCCUUUGUGUUUUUCUCCAUUUCCUUCGGCCGUUUCUAUUUUGGGGGGCUCUCCGCUCCCCCCGCCUCUCCCCUCCCCUUCCCCGCUUGCAAACAUGCCUCCUUCCUUCCCGGGGCCCUGGAAGGAGCUGCCUGCCUGAAGCCCGGAGGCGCCGCGCCGCGCUCAGCCCUGCCUCCGCCCGCCGGCUCUCGGGCUGCGCUGCGCUGCCGACUCAAGUUGGGGAUCCUCGGCUGCUCGCCGCCGCCGCCCGUGAUCCCUGCCUGCCCCGGGCCCGGGUCAUCGCCGCCGUCCGCGGACUCCUCGCCCUGCUUGCUCCGCUCGCUCCUUUUUGAACAGAAAGCAGCUUUUCUCCGCCGAGAGGAUCGUCCCCGGCGCGGCUCCGCGUUCCCGGUCACUUUUUGAGAUUUUCCGGGGGGCGCUCGGCGGCUAACCGGAUUCCAAGGGGACUCGGGCCGCCGAGCGCGGGGGGCCCGGGGAGCAGGCGAGCCGGGGAAGCGCCCCGGUUUAGCGGAGGCUCGCACGGAGGCAAGAACUUAUUCAACAAGUUUACCCCCCCUGCUUUCCUCUUUUCGAUGUGCGUUUUCGGACAUGCGGAGGUUACUGGAACCGUGUUGGUGGAUUUUGUUCCUGAAAAUCACCAGUUCUGUGCUCCAUUAUGUCGUGUGCUUCCCCGCACUGACCGAAGGCUACGUCGGGGCACUCCACGAGAACAGACACGGCAGCUCUGUGCAGAUCCGGAGGCGCAAGGCUUCAGGGGACCCGUACUGGGCCUACUCCGGUGCCUAUGGUCCUGAACACUGGGUCACGUCUAGUGUCAGCUGUGGGGGCCGUCACCAGUCUCCUAUAGACAUUUUGGACCAGCAUGCCCGUGUCGGGGAAGAAUACCAAGAACUGCAACUUGAUGGCUUCGACAACGAGUCUUCUAACAAAACCUGGAUGAAAAACACAGGGAAAACAGUUGCCAUCCUUCUGAAAGACGACUAUUUUGUCAGUGGCGCUGGCCUGCCUGGCAGAUUCAAAGCUGAGAAGGUGGAAUUUCACUGGGGCCACAGCAAUGGCUCAGCAGGCUCUGAACACAGCAUCAACGGCAGAAGGUUUCCUGUUGAGAUGCAGAUUUUCUUUUACAAUCCAGAUGACUUUGACAGCUUUCAAACUGCAAUUUCUGAGAACAGAAUAAUCGGAGCCAUGGCCAUAUUUUUUCAAGUCAGUCCAAGGGACAAUUCUGCACUGGAUCCUAUUAUCCAUGGGUUGAAGGGCGUCGUACAUCAUGAGAAGGAGACCUUUCUGGAUCCUUUCGUCCUCCGGGACCUCCUGCCUGCAUCCCUGGGCAGCUAUUAUCGGUACACAGGUUCUUUGACCACCCCACCGUGUAGCGAAAUUGUGGAGUGGAUAGUCUUCCGGAGACCCGUCCCCAUCUCUUACCAUCAGCUCGAGGCUUUUUAUUCCAUCUUCACCACGGAGCAGCAAGACCACGUGAAGUCGGUGGAAUAUCUGAGAAAUAACUUUCGACCGCAGCAGGAUCUGAACGACAGGGUGGUGUCCAAAUCCGCCGUCCGUGACGCCUGGAACCAUGACAUGACAGACUUCUUAGAGAACCCACUAGGGACAGAAGCCUCUAAAGUUUGCAGCUCCCCGCCCAUCCACAUGAAGGUGCAGCCCCUGAACCAGACGGCGCUGCAGGUGUCCUGGAGCCAGCCGGAGACCAUCUACCACCCGCCCAUCAUGAACUACAUGGUCUCCUACAGCUGGACCAAGAACGAGGAUGAGAAGGAGAAGACGUUCACAAAGGACAGUGACAAGGAGUUGAAAGCCACCAUUAGCCACGUCUCACCCGAUAGCCUUUACCUGUUCCGAGUCCAGGCCGUGUGUCGCAACGACAUGCGCAGCGACUUCAGCCAGACGAUGCUGUUUCAAGCUAAUACCACUCGAAUAUUUCAAGGGACCAGAAUUGUGAAAACGGGAGUGCCCACAGUGUCGCCGGCCUCCUCGGCCGACAUGGCCCCCAUCAGUUCGGGCUCUUCCACCUGGACGUCCUCCGGCAUCCCCUUCUCCUUUGUUUCCAUGGCGACUGGGAUGGGCCCCUCCUCCAGCGGCAGCCAGGCGACGGUGGCCUCGGUGGUCACCAGCACGCUCCUCGCCGGCCUGGGGUUUGGUGGCGGCGGCAUCUCGUCCUUCCCCAGCACCGUGUGGCCCACGCGCCUGCCCACGGCGGCGGCGGCCAGCAAGCAGGCGGCCAGGCCGGUCCUGGCGACCGCGGAAGCCGCGGCCUCCCCGGGCCCGGACGGCGACGCGGCGCCCACCGAGGACGGCGAGGGCGCGGAGGAAGGGGGCGGGAAGGACGAGAAGAGCGAGAGUGAGGACGGCGAGCGCGAGCACGAGGAGGACGGCGAGAAGGACUCCGAGAAGAAGGAGAAGGGCGGGGUGACCCACGCAGCCGGGGAGCGGAGCCGCACGGAGCCCGGCGCCACAGCCGCCUCCCCCCGCAGGACUGCGCAGCACGGGGCGCCGCAGACUACGCCCGGCCGCGAGCCGGCCCGCACCGCUGGCCCCACGGACCGGCCGGGCCAGAGGAGGGAUGCCGACCCCGGCCUGGACCCCGAUUCGGUCACCUCCACCCAAGUGCCCCCCACAGUCACAGAGGAACAGUACGCAGGGAGCGAUCCCGAGAGGCCCGAAACGCCAUCCAAAAAGCCUGCGUCCCGAGGGGACCGAUUUUCCGAGGAUAGCAAAUUUAUCACUGUCAAUCCAGAAAAGAACACCUCUGGAAUGAUAAGCCGCCCCGCCCCAGGGAGGAUGGAGUGGAUCAUCCCUCUGAUUGUGGUAUCAGCCUUGACCUUCGUGUGCCUCAUCCUUCUCAUCGCUGUGCUCGUCUACUGGAGAAAAUGCUUUCAGACUGCUCAUUUCUACGUGGAAGAUAGCAAUUCGCCUCGUGUGGUCCCCAAUGAAAGUAUUCCCAUUAUUCCUAUUCCUGAUGACAUGGAAGCCAUUCCUGUCAAACAGUUUGUUAAACACAUCGGUGAGCUCUAUUCUAAUAACCAGCAUGGGUUCUCUGAGGAUUUUGAGGAAGUCCAGCGCUGUACCGCUGAUAUGAACAUCACUGCAGAACAUUCUAAUCAUCCAGAAAACAAGCACAAAAACAGAUACAUCAACAUUUUAGCAUAUGAUCACAGUAGGGUGAAGUUAAGACCUUUACCAGGAAAAGACUCUAAGCACAGCGACUACAUUAAUGCAAACUAUGUUGAUGGUUACAACAAAGCAAAAGCCUACAUUGCCACCCAGGGACCUUUGAAGUCUACAUUUGAAGAUUUCUGGCGGAUGAUUUGGGAACAAAACACUGGAAUCAUUAUCAUGAUUACAAACCUUGUGGAAAAAGGAAGACGAAAAUGUGAUCAGUAUUGGCCAACAGAGAAUAGUGAGGAGUAUGGAAACAUUAUUGUCACGCUGAAGAGCACAAAAGUACACGCCUGCUACACUGUUCGUCGUUUUUCAGUCAGAAAUACAAAAGUGAAAAAGGGUCAGAAGGGAAACCCCAAGGGGCGCCAGAAUGAAAGGGUGGUGAUCCAGUACCACUACACGCAGUGGCCGGACAUGGGAGUUCCUGAGUAUGCCCUGCCAGUCCUGACUUUCGUGAGGAGAUCCUCGGCCGCGCGGACGCCAGAAAUGGGGCCUGUGCUGGUGCACUGCAGCGCUGGUGUGGGCAGGACAGGCACCUACAUUGUAAUAGACAGCAUGCUGCAACAGAUAAAAGACAAAAGCACAGUUAACGUCCUGGGAUUCCUGAAGCAUAUCAGGACACAGCGCAACUACCUCGUCCAGACUGAGGAGCAGUACAUUUUCAUCCAUGAUGCCUUGUUGGAAGCCAUUCUUGGAAAGGAGACUGAAGUAUCUUCAAAUCAGCUGCAUAGCUACGUUAACAGUAUCCUCAUACCAGGAGUAGGAGGAAAGACAAGACUGGAAAAACAAUUCAAGCUGGUCACACAAUGUAAUGCAAAAUAUGUGGAAUGCUUUAGUGCUCAGAAAGAGUGUAACAAAGAGAAGAACAGAAACUCUUCAGUGGUGCCAUCUGAGCGUGCUCGAGUGGGUCUUGCACCAUUGCCUGGAAUGAAAGGAACAGAUUACAUUAAUGCUUCUUAUAUCAUGGGCUAUUAUAGGAGCAAUGAAUUUAUUAUAACCCAGCAUCCUCUGCCACAUACUACGAAAGAUUUCUGGCGAAUGAUAUGGGAUCAUAACGCACAGAUCAUUGUCAUGCUGCCAGACAACCAGAGCUUGGCAGAAGAUGAGUUUGUGUACUGGCCAAGUCGAGAAGAAUCCAUGAACUGUGAGGCCUUUACUGUCACCCUUAUCAGCAAAGACAGACUGUGCCUCUCUAAUGAAGAACAAAUUAUCAUCCAUGACUUUAUCCUUGAAGCUACACAGGAUGACUAUGUCCUAGAAGUCCGACAUUUUCAGUGUCCCAAAUGGCCUAACCCCGAUGCCCCCAUAAGCAGUACCUUUGAACUUAUCAACGUCAUCAAGGAAGAGGCCUUAACAAGGGAUGGCCCCACCAUUGUUCAUGAUGAGUAUGGAGCAGUUUCAGCAGGAAUGUUAUGUGCCCUUACUACCCUUUCCCAGCAACUGGAGAAUGAAAAUGCUGUGGAUGUUUUCCAGGUUGCAAAAAUGAUCAAUCUUAUGAGGCCUGGAGUAUUCACAGACAUUGAACAAUACCAAUUUGUCUAUAAGGCAAUGCUCAGCUUGGUCAGCACUAAAGAAAAUGGAAAUGGUCCCAUGACAGUGGACAAAAAUGGUGCUGUUCUAAUUGCAGAUGAGUCAGACCCUGCCGAGAGCAUGGAGUCUCUAGUGUGACUGGAAUCCUGAAAGGGCACUUAAUUUGUAAACUUCUGAAGACUGAGAACUUUUUUGAGGCCUUUUUUUGCCAGACUCUAGGUUAUACAAUAACCCAGUUACUUUUUUACACUGAUAAAAGUUUUGAUAUUUAUUUUUUGCCAUUUUAUGUCUUAAUGGUAUCCUACUGAGCAUUUGCACCUCUGUUCCUCUCACACCGUGAAACGCAGUUUUACCUAGUUUGCACUAUAUGAUCAGUGUUACUGCCUAUAACCUAAUACUAAAGCAAGCCCUGAUGUGACAUUCCAUGAUAACAUACAUGCUACUUUUCAGUUCAGUACAGUGAAGGUCUUUGUUAUGACAGUGAAUCUUGAUUUUACUAUGAUUAUUAUUAUUAUUAUUGCUAAAGCAGUUGCUAUUUGCAUUCUAGUAGCAGGCAAUGCUGUACUUUUCCUCAGUCCUCCUCUCCCGUUUUUUUUAGGCACUGUUCAAUACUGUAUGCCUUCUGUAUUUUAAUGGAGUCGAUGAGCAUUGUUUUCUUUUACAGACUAGCAGGCUAUUGGGAACUACUAAGGCCUAUUAACACCAUGGCCUAGAAACAGUUCCAUUUAUGAUGGUUAAGAGAUCCAUUAAGAAGUUAGAAGGCUUAAGAGUUGCUUCAUGUGAACAUCUCCUAUUAGUUACAAAAUGAUAUUCACAGCUUAAAAAAUUGUGUCAAAAUAAAUAACUCUGUAUUAUAGCUUUCACAGUAGCUAUGUGGACAGUGUGUGUUAUUUACAUUUUGACUCUCUGAAAUAGCUAUACUCUAAAAACCAGAGCUUUUACAACAGAGAGAUGGCAAUAUUUUACACAACUCAGUUAUGAGACCCUUUAUUCUCCAUUAAUGCUUCUGGGUUUAUAAUACCAUACCUCACGGGAGGUAGAAUGAAAAUUUUUACAGGUGUGUAAUUUUGAAACUAGUCCUCUAAAAAUUCCCUACGACUUAUAUAGCAAUCUAAUAAAAACUACCUAUAUAAUCUUUCCUUUCCUUUUUUGCCAAAUGUUUCAUAAUAAAUCCCUUAAUAAUAUAUAUUCUUCUACUUAAGAUUAAAUUGGAAAUGCUAUAUUAGCAACAGUCUUGGGACUAUCUAAAAUCCCACACAUGGAUAAAUCUGAUUUGGAGAAUAUUAAAAUCUUGAAUAAAAGGUGAUACCUACAUUUUCAAGUAGUUUAGAGGGAGAUGGCUUUGUAUGCUUUUGUGUGGUUUAGUGUCAACGACAGAUACACUUCAGUAAAAGAUGCCAGUAAUCAUAUAGAGAGCCCAAGAAAGUGAUUUCGUCCACCCUCUGAAAACAUAUUCACCCUGUAGUACAUAAUGGGAACAUCAGGAGCAUUAAUAAGAAAUUUCUGUAGAGUUUGUUAUAAAAAAAAAAAAAAGCUACUUACUGAAAUCUGUUUCUUCAACUGCAUGUUUGCUUUUGAGGGACAGCUUCUGUCGGAAGUAAAAUCAUCACCAGAGCUGGGCCUGUUAAGAAGAACAGGGUUUUAUUUUUUGUGUCAAUAAAUUUCAACAGAAAAGCCACACUACUGGCUGCUAUCAUACUAUCUGAGUAAGCAUUAAACAUUAAUUAUUAUCAACACUGAAGUUCUAUUUAUCUUGAAUUGGCUUUCUAUGAAGUUUGUCAGAAUGGUGCUGGAGGACCAAAGUUGCUAAGGAGAGAGAGUCUACAGGCCAACUUCAACAGUUUCAAAGCAAAGGCCAUAUCAGUAAAUUUCUCAUGAACUACAUAACUUACCAGGGUUAAUCUCAUCUUUUUAUCACGUAGAUUCAACCCAGAAUAGUCUGCUUUUCAAGAACCGUGUAGGCCAUUCUUGAGAAAAGGUGUUCAACUGAGCAAAGUUUGCUAAGUUGUAUGUGCUAGAUGACACACACCUUUACAGCCCCUCUGCUCCAAGGUGGUACAAGAAGCUCUACCGAACAUAAGAAAAGCUUGAACAUAGGAGCACCACAACUGCCAGGUGCUGAAGGAAAUCAGGGAAGGAAAGAGCUAGAUUUUUUUUUUUUUAGUCAAUUAAGUGGUUUAUUUUAGUUGUAUGAAGUAUUGAUGCAAGCUGACUCUUUUUAGUAGAUGGCAAUGUGGGCUGGAGGUACAAAAGUAGUGUUCAAUGUAGGGUUCAUGGUCCCUCUCUCAAAAAUUUUUGCUUAAUAAAAGUAACAUUGGUUAGAAGAUGAAUAACAAGUAUUCCCUUCUGUGCUAUCUACAGAGGGCUCAAUUCAUGGAGAUGCGUACCCUCCAGUGCAAUUCUGUGACUAUCUCUUACAUGGGUAUCACAAUCAUUAUAAAAGAAUGAGACAGCUAGUAAAUAGGAUACAAAUAUAAUAAGGAUGGUUUGGAAGUUCUCUGAGAGCAAUCUGUGUCUUUGCUGGGCUUGAACCAAAGUCUACAGAACUAUGAGCAACUAACUGCUAUUUGCCCAUUUUGCCAAAGUGGUCCAAACAUACUUCACUGAGGAUAAUUAUAUUCAGCAGUUCUGCACUUUCACCACAGAGUGUAUCCUCACUAUUAUUAAUCUGUUAUUGGGAAAAAUGUGCUUGUAUCGUUCCAGAAGCAGAGAGUUUCAAAGAUGGGGUUUUCUUUGAGACGUAAGCGCACUGCUUAAGUACAUGACAAGGUUAUCACCACUUGUACUCAAGGGGAGAGGCAAUAGCUAUUGUAAAUUCAUGUGUGCUAUUUUAUAAAAUAAGCUGUUUCUGUAUAGGAGUUUAACUCUAGGUAAAUAUAAUGUACACAUCAUACAAAACUGAAUUGCAAUGAUCUGUCCAAGUGGCCAUGCUGGACAUCAGAGAAAAGACCCCUUAUUGCCAUCAGAACUCUUUCUUGCAUCCAAUAGCCACAGUACCAUCUUUAAUUAAACAGAAAAAAGAAAAAGCUAACUUCUGAAUUUCAAGAAGAAUAAGAUUAGUUCAUUGGUUUUCCUAAUUUUUAUGCCUUGGAGCUCUUAGUGUCCAUUUCAAAUAGAAGAGUCCAGUGAGGUCAAAGAAGGGUUAUGGUAUUCAAGGUCUGGAUGUUGGGAGUUUUUAGCCCAGACUGACAUAUUGAAAUCAAAUAACCUUUCUUUAUAAUGACACAGCACAACUGCCUUGUUACGAAUUUUUUCUUAAAUGCAUAUAUACUGUAUUUAAAAUUAAAAUAUAGAUACCAAUUUACCAAAGAUACAUACUACUAAUUCUAAGCAAAAAAUAAACCCAAACUCAUCAUAAUUUAAGAAAAAAAUAAUCAAAGUGUAGUUUGUCUUAAGAAUUUAACAGUUAUACUGGAAAAUGCAUUUUCAACUCCUAUGUUCUAAAGUUUAUGUCCAAAUGGUGCCAGUGAAUUUCUGUAUGAAGGGAAAUGCCUGCUUUUUUUUUUUUUAACAGCUGUAAUUUCACUUAAACCCUGCACUUUCCCUUACUUGCCAUUUAACAUAUGAUAUUGGCUUUACUCAUCUCUAGAAAGAAGGCAUGCUACAAAUAGGAAGGAAUUGUAAUAAUGAUAUUUGGCCUCUACUUUGUCUUAGCUGUUAAACUGUUUUUAGUAUUUUUGUUAAAUAUUUGCAAAGGGAAGCAUUUUCUACAGAGGAUAAUUAAUUUCAAGAAAAAAAUCUUGAGUUUUAAGAAAUAAACAUCUCCAGAAAAGGAGACAGUCAAUUUUAUAAAAUGUCGCAACUCUCCAACAUUUGGGGUAGUGACUCCUUUUUUGUUAGAACAUUUGAAACUAGCGAGCAGCCAUUGUUUCUAAAGAAUUCAGCCUUCAUGUUGAUUCCUGUUUCUUUCAAUUCGUUUUGAAAUAGCUAAAAUCAUUAAAACUGUAAAUAUUUUGUUGCUUGGGUAAGCAUCUUCUGGGAACUUUGUAUCUAUGGUAUAUAAUCAUAGAAUUUUAUAUUUUCAUAUAAAGCUAAUUUUUUUCUAGUUUCAACUCUGUCAUAGUUUUUUUUUUUUUCCUUUCUGUGGUGGAUACGUGAAUUCAACUUUCUGUGUAUUGAAGUAGCAAGAACCAUCUUUGCAUUCCAAAAGAAUCCAACAUGUGUUAUUUCUUUGAGGCAGUGAUUGUGAAAGUUGGGUUUUAUUUUAAUUCCAUUGACCAUUUGUGCAAUAGGAAUUAGACAUAAUUAGUCACUGAAUACAUUUGUCGCAUUGACCCAUUUGGAAAAAGUGGUUUGUUUGUUUUUUUUUUAAUUUGUUCGGGGGGAGGGGUUUUGUAACCUGAAAUUUUUCCCUUUUUUCUUCUGUUUAAAACUAUAUCAAAUCAUUCUAUUAUAGUGUUAUUUAAUAUGUAAAUUGUAUUGCUAUACAUAAAAUAAAGUAUGGUUUUUGAUGUA